GAAAUGUAUGAAGCUUUUCAACAGGAAUCCAUACAAAGCAGCAAGCCAAGGCUGAUGGUCACUGCUACAGUAGCUGGUAUAAUUUCUACCAUUGAUUCUGCCUAUGAGGUCCCACAGCUGUCACAGUUCUUGGACUACUUCCUUGUGAUGACUUAUAAUAUUCAUGACAAUAAAGAGAGAGUCACUGGAGAAAACAGUCCCCUCUACAAACACCCAACUGACACUAACACCUUUUGCAAUGUGGAUUCCAUCAUGAACUACUGGAAGACAAAUGGGGCUGCAUCUGAGAAACUUAUUGUUGGAUUCCCAACAUAUGCACAGACUUUCUCUUUGACUGACUCCAGUAUCAAUGGAAUUGGUGCCCCAGCCUCAAGCCCAGGCCCUAAAGGCCCCUACACACAAGAAAGUGGGAUUCUGGCCUUUUAUGAG